AGCGCGCAGUGGACCGCUCGUCCUCUCAGUCACUUGCAAGAGGGAAACAGCCUCCGGAACGCACCGCAUCAUCCUACAGAGAGAAAACAUGUUUCCUCCACCGCCAACCUUCACCGUGGAGAAAAGUCCCAUUAAAGGAUUAUACUAUGGAAGAUGUUAGUUGUUUCGACCACUAAUCUGUGUUAAAAAAGAGGAUAUAAUCCAAGGUACCCUGUUAGGAAAAACUGCCCGGAUUGGGAUUUAAUAUCAGACAGUUGGUGAAAAUGGCGUCAUGGCGGCUGGUCAGUCUCCUGGCGGUGUGGACUGUUGUGUUGGUUCUGGCUCAGUGUUGCCCAGAGCCCUGUAGCUGUCUGGAUAAAUACUCCCACCAGUUCGCUGACUGUGCCUACAAAGACCUGCUGUUAGUUCCCGUAGGCCUCCCCUUCAACGUCACCACCCUCUCUCUCUCCGCCAACAAGAUCAAACUCCUGAAGGCCAAGAGCUUUAUUAACGUCACCCAGGUGACCUCCCUAUGGCUGGCCCACAAUGAGAUUGUGACCAUGGAGAGGGACACUCUGGCCCCGCUGAUUCAGCUGCGCAACCUGGACCUCAGCUACAAUAAGAUCAUCAACUUCCCCUGGGAGGACCUGGUCAACCUCACUGUCCUUCAGCUGCUCAAAAUGAACAACAACGAGAUGAUCAACCUCCCUAAAGAUUCCUUCUCCACUCUCAAAGACCUGAGGUCCCUGAGGAUCAACAACAACAGGUUCACUACUAUAGUUCAGGGGACCUUCAGCUCUCUGAGCUCCAUGUCUCACCUUCAGAUCUACAACAACCCCUUCACCUGCUCCUGCAGUCUGGAGUGGCUCAGAGACUGGAUCACGGAGUCUAAGAUCUCUGUCCCGGAGCAGGACUCUAUCAUCUGCGAGGCCCCUGAACAUCUGAAAGGGGCCCUGGUGACCAAGAUGCCCAAGCUGGAAUGCAAGGCCCCGACGGUGUCCAUCACCUAUCAGCCCAACCUGGAAAACACUGAGCUAUACGAAGGGUUUAUGGUGAUCCUCAAUUGUGAUACCAAGGGCAACCCCAAACCAGAGGUCAGCUGGGAGGUAGUGAAGGCAGGGAACCAGAAGUUCACAUUCAGUUUGCCCUCUGAGGUCAGCGAGAAAAGCGACUCACCGAUCAACGAUAAAACUACCAACGGCCGGUUCCUGGUCUUCCAGAACGGCACUCUGAUCAUCCCCCGUAUCAGCAAGAAGGAGGAUGGUAACUACAGCUGCUCAGCUGUCAACGACCUCGGUAAAGCAGACAGCACAGUGAAGGUAGUGGUGACGGGCACCAAGAAACAAGCCAGUAACUCCAUGCUGGACACCACGGCAGAUAAGAUCCCCCGUCCGUCUGGUGGAAACAAGCCGGGGCCUAAGAUGACCAACAACAUCAUCAACUGGCCCAAGUCCGACUCCGAGAAGACCAAGAACCUUCCAACUGGGUCAUCUGUUAAACACGCUGAUGGCUCAGUGCAGGCUGGCGAGGGCUCAGAGGAGCUUCCGUUUACUAGUAAAUGUGGUAUCAGCGAUGGCACUCAGUACAUCUCCAAUCACGCAUUCAACCUCAGUCUGGACCAGCUGAAGCAGUACACCUUUGAUUUUGGCGUCAUCGCGUUGGAAGUGUCAGAGACCGAAGCCAAAGUGCAGCUGAAUCCUCUCCAGCUCCCCAACAGUAAGAACAACCUUCACCUCAGCCACAAUGAGAACCUAGAGACCGUCGACAAGGAGCCUUUCAGCCUCUAUCAAGCCUCAACCAAAACCCCUCUGGACAUGCUCUAUCUGUGUUUUAACACUGGUAACGGACACUCUGUGGUGCAGUGGUCCCGGAUAGAGGAAGGGAUCAACACCUAUAAGUUUCAGGGCCUACAGCCAGGCACUAACUACACCCUGUGUCUGACCUACGGAGGGCAGGACUGUCAGGUCCAGGUUGUCUUCACAACCAGGAAGAAGAUUCCUUCUCUGUUAAUCAUAGUGGUGGUUAGUACCUUCCUGUUGGCGCUGGCUACAGUCCCUCUGCUGGGAGCAACCUGCUGUCAUCUCUUAUACAAGUACCAGGGAAAGACGUAUAAACUGAUCAUGAAGGCGGCGCAGAAGAACCCAGAUCAAAUGGACAAACAAAUGGUCGGUGGUGAUUUCGACCCCCGGGCGUCGUUUGUGGAGUUGGAAAAGAAUUUUAACCCGAGUGAAAUGGAAGACGGAGAGGGAGAGGACGGAGAGGACGCCGACGGGGAGGAGGUGGAGGGGAGCAUGGUUACCGAGUCCAUCCCAGGUUCUACGUCUAAAUUCGAGGUGGGCUCUGAGUACAGCGAUAGAUUACCGUUGGGGGCGGAGGCGGUGAAUAUCUCUGAAGAUGGAAACGGUAAUUACAAAGAGCCGAGUCGCUGAAGCAGAGCUGUGUGAUGCUAC